GGGGCGGGGCCGCGGGAGCGCGGGAAGUCCAGAUCCCGGCCCGGCAGCCCGAUCCCUGCGCCGUGCCCUGAGUAUGAGCCUGGACCGCGAACUUCGCCAGCUGAGCAAGGCCAAGGCCAAGGCCCAGAACAGCGGGCAGCUGCGGGAAGAGGCCGCCCUCUGCCACCAGCUGGGGGAGCUCCUGGCCAGCCAUGGCCGCUACUCAGAGGCCCUGCAGGAGCAUCAGCAGGAGCUGCGGCUCCUGGAGAGUGCCGACGACGCCCUGGGCUGCGCCGUGGCCCACCGAAAGAUCGGAGAGCGGCUGGCGGAGAUGGAGGACUACUCAGCUGCCCUGCAGCACCAGCACCACUAUCUGGAGCUGGCCCAUUCCCUGUCCAACCACAUUGAGCUGCAAAGGGCCUGGGCCACCAUUGGCCGAACCCACCUGGACAUCUAUGACCACUGCCAGUCACAGGAUGCCUUGCUGCAAGCACGGGCUGCCUUUGAGAAGAGCUUGGCUAUUGUGGAUGAGAAGCUGCAAAGGACAUUGCCCAAGAGAGAGCUGAGUGAGAUGAGGGCCCGACUCUACCUCAACCUCGGCCUCAUCUUCGAGAGUCUGCAGCAGACAGCCCUGUGCAAUGACUACUUUAAGAAGAGCAUCUUUCUUGCUGAGCAGAACCACCUGUAUGAGGACCUGUUCCGUGCCCGCUACAACCUGGGCGCCAUCCACUGGCGCCAAGGGCAGCACUCCCAGGCCAUGCGCUGCCUCGAGGGGGCCCGGGAGUGUGCGCACACCAUGAAGAAGGGGUUCAUGGAGAGCGAGUGCUGCUUCCUCAUCUCACAGGUUCUCCAAGACCUGGGCGAUUUUCUGGCUGCCAAAAGAGCAUUGAAGAAGGCUUACAGGCUGGGUUCCCAGAAGCCUUUGCAGAAGGCAGCUGUGUGCCAGACCCUCAAGUAUGUGCUGGCGGUGAUCCGGCUACAGCAGCAGCUGGAAGAAUCUGAGAGCAGUGACCCUCAGGGUGCCCUGGGCAUCUGUGAGCAGCUGGGGGAUCUGUUCUCCAAGGCAGGCGACUUCCCCAAGGCGGCUAAGGCCUACCAGAAGCAGCUGGAUUUUGCAGAGCUGCUGAGUAGGCCAGGGCCUGAGCUGGCCGUCAUCCAUGUGUCCCUGGCCACCACCUUGGGAGACAUGAAGGACCACCAAGGGGCUGUGCGCCACUAUGAGGAGGAGCUGAGGCUGCGUGAGGGUAACGCCCUGGAGGAGGCCAAGACCUGGCUGAACAUUGCAUUGUCCCGUGAGGAGGCUGGUGACACCUAUGAGGAGCUGGCACUGUGCUUUCAGAAAGCUCUCAGCUAUGCCCAGCAAGCUCAACGGCCACAUCUACAGAGGCAGGUCCUGCAGCACCUCCACACUGUGCAGCUCAGGCUGCAGCCCCAGGAGGCUCCUGGCACUAAAGCCAGAUUACAGGAGCUAAGUGUGGAUCGGGAAGGCGAGGAGGAGGAGGAGGAGGACCUGCAAGGCGAUGAGGACAGCAGCACCCUGGAGGCCAGCGAGCUGGAGCUCUCAGACAGCGAGGGUGAGGCUGACAGCCAGCCCCAGGACCUGGAGGAGGACGAGGAGCUUCAGGGCUGCCUGAGCCGGCGGCAGGUGAACAAGUGGAACCGGCGCAAUGACGUUGGGGAGACCCUGCUGCACCGAGCCUGCAUUGAGGGCCAGCUGCACCGCGUCCAGGACCUUGUGAGGCAGGGCCACCCCCUGAACCCUCGGGACUACUGUGGUUGGACACCUUUGCACGAAGCCUGUAACUAUGGGCAUCUGGACAUUGUCCGCUUCCUGCUGGACCACGGGGCCGUUGUGGAUGACCCUGGUGGCCAGGGCUGCGAGGGCAUCACUCCCCUGCACGAUGCUCUCAAUUGUGGCCACUUUGAGGUGGCUGAACUGCUCAUUGAACGGGGGGCAUCGGUCAACCUCCGAACCAGGAAGGGCCACAGCCCGUUGGAGACACUGCAGCAGUGGAUGAAGCUGUACCACAGGGACCUGGACAGCGAGACAUUAGAGAAGGCUGGCACCAUGGAGAGGCUGCUCCAGGCAGCCUCCUCUGGCCAAGCUCCCCACAGCUCCCUGGCUCCCGAGACCCUCCCAAGUGACCAUCUGUUUGACCCUGAGACCUCUCCUUCUUCAAGCCCCUGCCCAGGAACCCCAGAGGCCUCUCAGGCCAGUGCCGGGGUUUCAGAGGCACAAACAAUGCCAGCUGUGCCCAGGUCUCAGAGGAGGAGGCACAAGCUAGCCAGCAGUAGCAGCUCAGAGGGCAAGGACAGCCCAGGCCUACCUGGGCCAACCCAGAAGAGGCCUCGGCACUCUGCCCCAGUACAGCGAGCCAGGGCCUGCAUGCUUGGCCAUAUCAGCAAUAGGGAAGCGGCAGCAGCUGGCCAGGCAGCCAUUCGAGGAGUAGGCAGUGCCCAGAGCUGCUGCCCCAGGCCUGGCCCACCUCGGGGCCCAGGUGAAGCUCCCACCCCCCAGGCAGCGCUGAUCCCUGAGGAGGAGUGUCUGGCUGGGGCCUGGCUGGAGGAUGACUUGCUGCUGACCCAUAGACAUCAGGGCUGCCAUCCGCCCUACCCCCAGAGCAGUGGGUACAGGACCAGGCAUAGUGCCUCGGAGUCAAGCAGUGAUGAGAGUCCUGUCAGGCCACGGACCCAAGCCAGGCAGAGCCAGCUGCCCCGUCUCAGGAGUUGGAGUGCAGCGGUCAGAGCAGGUGGAGACUACAGCUUGGCCACAGAGCCCCCACAGAGCCCUGGUGUCCCCAGCACAGACAGCCCUAUGGGACCGAUCCUGCCCCCGACCAUCCAGGUUCGAGUUCGAGUUCAGGAUAAACUUUUCCUCAUCCCUGUCCCACACAGCAAGGAGGCCCACUCUGUGGCCUGGCUGGCUGAACAGGCCACCCAGCGCUACUACCAGGCCUGUGGGUUGCUGACAAGGCUCACCCUGCGAAAGGAGGGGGCCCUACUGGCCCCACAUGAUCCCAUCCCCGAUGUGCUACAGAGCAAUGACGAGGUAUUGGCUGAAGUGACCUCGUGGGACCUCCCCCCACUGACUGACCGUUACCGUAGAGCCUGCCAGAGCCUGGAGCAAGGGGAGCACCAGCAGGUGCUGCAGGCCAUGGAGCGACAGGGGGUGAGCCCCUUGUUCAGCGCCUGCUCCCUGGCCCUGCACCAGGCCCAGCUCACCCCCUUGCUUCGGGCUCUCAAGCUGCACUCAGCGCUCCGGGAGCUGCGUCUGGCAGGGAACCGGUUGGGGGACGGCUGUGCCACUGAGCUGCUGGCUGCCCUGGGCACUAUGCCUGGCCUGACCCUCCUUGACCUCUCUUCUAAUCACCUGGGCCCUGAAGGCCUGUGCCAGCUUGCCUCAGGCCUCUUGGGACAGGCCACCUUGCAGAAUUUGGAGGAGCUGGACUUAAGCAUGAACCCCCUCGGGGAUGGCUGUUGCCAGGCCCUGGCCUCUGUCCUGUAUGCCUGCCCUGCGCUCAGCUCUCUGCACCUCCAGGCCUGUGGCUUUGGCCCCGGUUUCCUCCUGAACCACCAGGCAGCCCUGGGCCGUGCUUUCUUAGAUGCCAAGCACCUGAAGACACUGUCCCUGUCCUACAAUGUCCUGGGCAUCACUGCCCUGGCCCAGACCCUGCAGAGCUUGCCUGCCCAGACCCUCUUGCACCUGGAGGUCAGCUCCGUGGUGGCCAGCAAUUGUGACUCAGGCCUCGUGGAGCCCGUGGUCAGAUACCUGACCAAGAAAGGCUGUGCUCUGGCCCACUUGAACCUGUCUGCAAACCACCUGGGUGACAAGGCAGUAAGAGACCUGAGCAGAUGUCUCCCUCUUUGCCCCUCGCUUGUCUCGCUGGACCUGUCUGCCAACCCCGAGAUCAGCUGUGCUGGCCUGGAGGAGGUGCUAUCUGCCCUCCAGGAGCGACCCCAAGGCCUGAGCUUCCUGGACCUGUCAGGCUGUGCUGUCCAGAGUCCCCUGGGCUCGGCCCUCUGGGAUAAGAUCACUGCGCGGGUACAGGAGCUACAACUUUGCAGCAGGCGGCUCUCCUCGGAGGACCGGACUGCACUGUGCCAGGUGCUACGCAGCCAGCCAGGCGCUGGGGCCCGCACACUGGACCAAGGAGCCAAGCUUUUCUUCCGGCGCCUCUGACAGCUGGGGCCUCCCUGCCCCCUCCCCACAUCCCUGGGACCCCAAUAAAGGACACUGCUGCCACCCUA